AUGGCGGCGGUUGGGGCUGUGGGGGCGCUGAGGCGAGGCCUGCUGCGGCCAUGGCGGGUCCUCAGGGACCGGCCUCCCUUCCAACCGCCGCCUCCACGACGACCACCCACCGGGGCCAGGGGCCUGGCCGGCUCCGCUUCCCGGCAGCAGCAGGAGGAAUUCCCGUCGCUGGAAGAGAAGCCCCAGUUCCCGGGGGCCUCGGCCGAAUUCGUGGACAAGCUGGACUUUAUCCAGCCCAACGUCAUUUCCGGCAUCCCCGUCUACCGGGUCAUGGACCGGCAGGGCCAGAUCGUAAACCCCGAGGAAGACCCCCAGCUGCCCCAGGGACAGGUGCUGAAAUUCUACAAGACUAUGACGCUCCUCAACACCAUGGAUCGCAUCCUGUAUGAAUCCCAGAGGCAGGGUCGCAUCUCCUUCUACAUGACCAACUACGGCGAGGAGGGCACCCACGUCGGUAGCGCCGCCGCCCUGGACGACACCGACCUGGUGUUCGGGCAGUACCGAGAGGCGGGAGUGCUGAUGUACCGCGGCUACCCUUUGGACCUCUUCAUGUCCCAGUGUUACGGCAACGCCAGUGACCCCGGCAAGGGCCGCCAGAUGCCCGUGCAUUACGGCUGCAGGGACCUGCACUUCGUCACCAUCUCUUCCCCGCUGGCUACCCAAAUCCCCCAAGCGGUGGGCGCGGCCUACGCCGCCAAGAGGGAGAACGCCAACCGGGCCGUCAUCUGCUACUUCGGGGAGGGGGCGGCCAGCGAGGGCGAUGCCCACGCGGGCUUCAACUUCGCCGCCACCCUGGAGUGCCCCAUCAUCUUCUUCUGCCGCAACAACGGCUACGCCAUCUCCACCCCGACUUCGGAGCAGUACCGCGGGGACGGCAUCGCCGCCAGAGGCCCCGGCUACGGGAUCAUGUCGAUCCGGGUGGACGGCAAUGACGUGUUCGCCGUGUACAACGCCACCAGGGAAGCCCGGCGCAGGGCCGUGGCCGAAAACCAGCCCUUCCUGAUCGAGGCCAUGACGUACAGGACCGGGCACCACAGCACGAGCGACGACAGCUCGGCCUACCGCUCGGUGGACGAGGUGAACUACUGGGACAAACAGGACCACCCCAUCUCCCGUCUGCGCCACUACCUGCUCGGCAAGGGCUGGUGGGGGGAGGAAGAGGAGAAGAGCUGGAGGAAGCAGUCGCGUAAGCUGGUGAUGGAGGCCUUCGAGGCGGCGGAACGGAGGCUGAAGCCCAACCCCAACCUGCUGUUCUCGGACGUGUACCGCGAGAUGCCCGCCCACCUGCAGAAGCAGCGGGACGCCCUGGCCCGCCAUCUCAAGACCUACGGCGAGCACUACCCCCUGGACCACUUCGAGCAGUGACGGUCCCGGUCGGCGCCCCUCGCCCCGCCGGGAGGUGUAGACGCCUGCCGGCCGGCCGGCCGGCCACUCACAGCCGCCCCGAUCGGGGAGGGCCGCAGGAAGCGGGGAGUCCGAGGUCUCCGCCGACACCCCCCCGCCCCGCUUUCGUUGGCCCGCCACGGCCGGGGGGCAGGAGACCCGACCCACCCUGCGAGAACAGAAAAGGAAGCGGAUCCGGUGCGGCCCCCGUCGCUCUAGGGAGAGCUGGACACCCGGAUUUUCUGGCUCACCGGCCUCUUUUUAAGGGAGGAACCCCCAACCCUUCCCGGGGAGGGCCAUCCCUUCUGUCCGCUUCCCCCAGGCUCCAGGGGCCCAUCCCCACCCACUUGCGGACCCCGAGACUGGGCCCUCACCUGCCGUUUCUCCCAGCGCCUUCUCCCCGGGAGCGGAAUUGGGGGGCCGGAGCACCUCCCCACCCCCCGCACUCCGCUCACGGGUCCGAUUCUGUAGCGGCGGGGAGGUCAAUAAAGGUGUCUCCGUCCAGCUCC